AUGCCUGUUGCCGUCAAAGCCAAGCCAAGGGUAUAUACCCUCGAACCACUACACUCGCAAGCACUGGAGCUCGCUCGUGAGAAAUUCGAUCUGGUACUUCCAGACGACGAAGGAUUCCACGAAUGGCGCGAGAAAGCGGAAGGAUUGUUGGCGAGGAACGCUAUGGUCACACCUGAAGACGUGGAGGUACUCAAGGCACAUAAGAUCAGGUAUAUCGCCAAGCAAGGUGUAGGAGUGGACAAUUUCGACUUACCAAGUCUAAAAGCAGCGGAAAUUCCCCUGAUGAACACGCCCGGGAUCAACGCUACUGCUGUUGCUGAAAUGGCUUUGACGUUGUUGAUGGAUGUUGCUCGGUCUGCGACGACAGUAGAUCGAAGGAUUAGACGAGGGGAUAAAGUGAACAAACUUAUGGGCUGGGAAGGUCAGCUCAUCCGUGGACGCACUCUGGGAAUAAUAGGCGGGGGAAACAUAGGUUUGGCUUUUGCUGAAAUGUUCAAUGCCGCUUUCCGAGGCUCCAUCCUAGUAUAUGAUCCCGUCAUCGCUGCCGACCAGAAGGCCAAAUGGACCGCCGUCAUCCCUUCCGAACAGGUCAAAUUCGUGACACUCGAUGAUCUUCUGGGUAAAUCCAACAUUGUCAGUGUGCAUUGUCCUCUCAACAAUCAUACCCGCGACAUCAUUUCAACUCGUGAACUUGGUCUCAUGAAGUCUACUGCUAUCAUUCUCAAUACCGCUCGAGGAGGUGUGAUCAACGAACCGGCACUCGAAAAAGUCCUUCGGGAAGGAAAGAUCUAUGGUGCCGGUUUGGACGCGUUCGUAGACGAACCUCCGUCGUUGGAAAAGUAUCGAGGAUUCUGCGAGCUCGACAAUGUUGUCUUGACACCUCAUUUCGGUGCGACACCAGCUGCAGUUCAACAGGAGACUUGUUUGAGUAUGGUGGAACAUUUAGUGGAAGCGUUCGAAGGUAAACCCCUUCGUGACCGAGUCGUCUAG